GUUUGGAGUGGUACUGCUGAGACCCGGAGACGCAAGGUUCCUCAGAGUGAUGCAGGAUGGACAGAGCUGAAAUAAUUCUUCUUAUGUGACUGUUCAACAAGCUUUGGAAAAGCAUCAUUGCUACAAAACAUGCUGGUCAUGGCCUGAAUCUACCCGAGGCUGCUGUCCAGCCCUCCCUCAGUACCACCAUCUGGCUAAUGAGCUGUCAAUCUCUCUUCAGUUGCUGUCCAAGUCCAGAACCAAGAGGCAAUCAAUCUCUUUCAGUGUGGACAGUGUUAUUCCCUAUUGUUAAAGCCGUGGACCCAAGUGACAGCUUUUCUUUGACUGGGCUUUAUGUCUGGAGCUGCUUCUCUGUCCUUGUGAGAAAGAUGAACAUUGUUGCAUCAGACCAUUCAGCAGGAGCGUGCUCAGUGGAGCCAGACCUUUGUCCACAUCAUAACUGUUGUCGUCAUUCCGCCCGCUCCUCAGUUACAGCUCAUCACAUCACUGGCUGUGUUGGAUAUGAAUGCAUCAACUUAAAUGCUGAUGGAGGAGCAAUGCACCCACAGCCAAGUCGUGUAUCUGUCACAUGUGUGGCGCGCACCUGAACCGACUCCAUUCGUGUCUGUACUGCGUGUUUUUCGGCUGUUUUACGAAGAAACACAUUCACGAGCACGCAAAAAACAAAAGACACAAUCUAGCAAUAGACCUAUUAUACGGUGGAAUAUAUUGUUUUGUGUGUCAAGACUACAUAUACGACAAAGAUAUGGAGCAGAUUGCCAAAGAGGAACAGAGGAAAGCCUGGAAAUUGCAAGGCAUCGGGGAAAAAUACACAACAUGGGAGCCGACCAAGAGGGAACUAGAAUUAUUACGACACAAUCCAAAGCGAAGGAAAAUCACUACAAACUGUACCAUAGGUUUACGAGGGCUAAUUAACCUGGGCAACACAUGUUUCAUGAACUGCAUUGUUCAGGCCCUAACACACACACCACUGCUGCGCGACUUCUUUCUCUCUGACAGACACAAGUGCGAAAUGCAAUCAAACUCCUGUCUGGUGUGUGAGAUGUCGCAGCUUUUUCAGGAGUUCUACUCGGGUCACCGUUCACCCCACAUUCCCUUCCGGCUACUGCAUUUGGUGUGGACUCAUGCACGUCACCUCGCAGGCUACGAGCAGCAGGAUGCCCACGAGUUCCUCAUAGCAGCUUUGGAUGUACUACACAGGCACUGCAAAGGAGACACCAUCAGAGACGACAAUGGGAAGAAGGCCAACAAUCCAAACCACUGUAACUGCAUCAUUGACCAAAUCUUCACUGGGGGCCUGCAAUCAGAUGUUACUUGUCAAGUUUGCCAUGGAGUUUCCACAACGAUAGAUCCAUUCUGGGACAUCAGCCUGGACUUGCCAGGCUCAUCUACGCCUUUCUGGCCUCUCAGCCCAGGAGGGGAUGGCAGCACAGUAAAUGGAGAGAGCCACCUGUCAGGAUCCACAACGCUCACAGACUGCCUGCGCAGGUUUACACGGCCUGAGCAUCUUGGAAGCAGUGCCAAAAUCAAGUGUGGUGGUUGCCAUAGUUACCAGGAGUCCACUAAACAGCUGACUAUGAAGAAGCUUCCUAUUGUAGCAUGUUUCCAUCUCAAACGAUUUGAGCACUCUGCAAAACUGCGAAGGAAGAUUACUACAUACGUUUCCUUUCCUCUAGAGCUGGACAUGACGCCCUUCAUGGCGUCCAGUAAAGAGAGCAGAAUGAAUGGGCAGUAUCAACAGUCGGUUGAUGUAUUAAACAACGACAAUAAAUAUUCUUUGUUCGCGGUGGUAAAUCAUCAAGGCACCUUGGAGAGUGGCCACUACACCAGCUUCAUCCGGCAGCACAAAGACCAGUGGUUCAAAUGUGAUGAUGCCAUAAUCACCAAGGCCAGCAUUAAGGAUGUACUUGAUAGUGAAGGGUAUCUCUUAUUCUACCAUAAACAGUUCCUUGAGUACGAGUAGUCUCUGUGACCACUGAUCAUUAAGAACCAUUGCUUUGAAGGGGAGACUCAAGGGACUGGGGGCAGGAUGAAUCGAAAACACAAAAACCUACCUGAAACCUUUUAAUUACCAGUCUGCUCCUCCAGCUGUGGAGGACAUAAAUAAUAAAGACAUGUGAAAUCAUGCAGCCUUUCAAAAGGAAAAACAAAGUAAACAAGCACUGAGCUACUUCUUGGCAUCUACUUGACAAAACUGAAUGAAGAGGAGAGCCGGCGGACGAGUCGACAUCGUCAGUUCCGGGCUUGGGCAGAGGGAAGAGGCCCCACACCCUUCACGCUCUGUCCCUCCUUCUUCCUGCUGCAGGGGCAGAGUCUGAGUUUGGGCACAUCUGGGUUUUUCUUACAGUAUUCUGACCCCCUUCCACCUCCUACCACCCUCUACAUUUCUCCCAUGGUGCUCUCAUUUUGACUGACCAAGCAUUUAUCAUUUAAGUCAUGAUGGCGGAUAGUAUGUUGUCAUAUGCAUAUAGGACUGAUUGCAAAAAAAAACAUAUAUAUAUAAAUCAGUGUAUUAUCACCUUUGCAAAAGGUAUGGUUAUACUUCUCAUUUGUGAAUUUAGUUAUAAAAUACUGUACGAAUCUAGUAUACAUUUAUUUUUUAAGAGAGAAGAAAACAUGGGAGAGCUUAGAGACGCUGCCGUUGCCAGUUGCCAGGGAAGCGCUGCCAUGGAAACUAAACUGAUUUGGACCUGAGUGUUCUCAUGUUCAUUUAUUUACUGUGUUGAUUAUUUCAUUUAAAUUUCGGUUGAGGGCAGGGAAUAUCUAUUUUUUUAGCAAGUCAUUGACUUUGGAGUCUUUGUUUACUGUUUUUUCCUUUUUUUGUGUAAUUAUUUUUUUUUUUACUUUUCAGUACAGUCAUAUGUCCCUUGCUAUCCUGGUACAGGAAAUGUUUUUGGACGUAUUACACUUUCAUUCUUGUGGAAUUGUUGGUAUUAUGACGGUGUUAAUUGGCUCACCUUUACUGUUGCGAAAUUGUAUGUGGAAAAUGAGCUCUGGGUUUCAUAUUGCAUUCUGAAAAGAAGACUUGAUAUAUGAACUCCAGAUCAGAGCCUAUACACGAGGAUGAUGUGUUCUCCUUUUUAAUGUUUAAAAAAAAAAAAGAGAAAAAAUAAGCCUAUUUAACAACACAAUGCAUGCGACUGGGCUCUCAUGAUCUUGUGUGGAAAAAAAAAUUGCCUCAGUAACGGCUCAAGGCUUGCUCCCCCAUCAUGAUUUUUAUUCUGUAGUUUUGAAAAUAGAGGGUGAAUGUGUGAGAUGUAUAGAAGGGUAAAACAUAUUGCACAUAUAUGGACACUAUGUGACCACAGCCUGGCUCUAAAUCCAUCAGUGUUAAUCUUCUCCAUGGCCACCGUGGCUGGUGUAGGCCAGUGUGGGUUGUGGUAUGGUUUUGCCUCCUUUAGUUCAGAAUUCCCACUACUCCAUUCAGUCAGUAUGCUGUCGAGUAAGACUUUAGGUAAUGCGCAUACACGUCAGGGUCUUGUGGUCACUGAUUGUGUUUGUAUGACAAUACAGAAUUAAACAUAUUCCCUCAUAUAAAAAUCCUUAAAUAUAUAUAUUCAUGAGGGCCCUAACUUCACUUUAAAAAUACAUGCACACACAUCCCCUGUUUGUUUAGCUGCUCUGUAAUUAAAAUCAAACACACAUAUCCUUUGGCCUGCUGCAGAACCUCAGCUAAAGGGCGAUCAUACAUUUCUAAACAGUGAAAUCAAACACUUGUGAAAUGGUUACACUAUGGUUUUGAUGCAUCAUGGAGCAGUUAAGGCCACCCAAGGACAUUCAGGGAAAAGGCUGAAACAAAAAGCAAGAGGAGAGCUUCAUUAUCUGUUUCAGUGAUUAAACUCAGAACAAAACUGGAA